CCAAGAUGUCUAGUGAGGUGCAGAGACCAGAUGAUAGCCCCAGCACAAGCGGAGGGAGUUCAGAUAUCGAGCAGCGGGAGACGGCACCUCCUCAGCAGGAGCGUGAUCUGGUUGCGCCCAAGAAGAAGGAGACCAAGAUCUCCAGUAAAACCGCAGCCAAACUCUCCACCAGUGCCAAGAGGAUUCAGAAGGAGCUUGCAGAAAUCACACUUGACCCUCCACCGAACUGCAGCGCCGGUCCCAAAGGAGACAACAUCUAUGAAUGGAGGUCAACUAUUUUAGGACCACCGGGCUCUGUGUAUGAAGGAGGGGUCUUUUUCCUUGACAUUGCAUUUACACCUGACUACCCAUUUAAACCACCCAAGGUAACGUUUCGUACGAGGAUCUACCACUGUAACAUCAACAGUCAGGGUGUGAUCUGUCUGGACAUCCUGAAGGACAACUGGAGUCCUGCCCUCACCAUCUCUAAGGUGCUGCUGUCCAUCUGCUCUCUCCUCACAGACUGUAACCCAGCGGAUCCUCUGGUCGGGAGCAUCGCCACACAGUACUUGACCAACAGAACGGAACAUGACAGAAUAGCUAAACAGUGGACGAAGAGAUACGCCACAUAAAGCGGGCCGUACAGUAUCGACACAAACACACACUAUAUCCCCCCUCAGCCCUGCUGUGCCUCUACCUCUCCCCGUCUGCUGAAAGCACACUCACCAAGUGCAACAAUAGAUCUGGCCCCUCUUCCUUCCAACUUCCUCUAGACCUUUCUGUGAAGAAACUGUCCUUUGUUCCUUGUUGACUUGAAAGCUUCUUUUUAUACAAAGAGUAGAUUGGGACUUUAUUUUCCAACUAUCCGAAUGUUUGAAUUACCUUAGGAGAAAAGGAAUACUAUUGUUAUUAUUAUUGUCCUUCAACUUAAUGUAUAUCCUUUCUUUUUAAGUGGCAUCAGGAACAAAUACAGCUUAUGAACUACUUUAUUUCUCUCAUCACUGUAUAGUGUUUUUUUUCCCCCUCCUCUCUCUCUCUCUCCUUUUGUUAAUAGUCAGUAAGACUUCCAUGCAUGUAAGCGGAUGACCAGUCACAUCCUUUCAACUCCAAACUCAGCCCUCUUGUUUUGUUUGUAUGUAUUUUUUAAAGUCAUGGCAGCCACUUGACGAUAGGCUUGCUUGUGAAUUAAAAAAAAUAGGAAAUGAAAAAAAAAAAAAAAAAGAUGUGUACAUAUUGCUACAUGCCACCUCUGGCCAGAAUGGACUGUUGUGCACUUGCUUCAUGAAAAACACCAUAAAUAAACACUGUGGCUGAAUUGUCA